AUGGAGUCCAUCUAUUCCUCUAUGAAACUUUUACUUUUAGCAGCGUGGCUUUUAAGUGUUCUGGGUCCCUGCAAAUUUUCAGAAAUUUGCAAGUCAUGUCACCAGAAUGCAAGCUGUCACUCUAAUAUCUGUAGGUGUGAGCAAGGCUUCAUUGGAGAUGGAAUUAAACUUUGCGAAGAUUUCGAUGAGUGCAAAAAUCUCACCGACAUCUGUGGGGACUAUGCAAAUUGCACAAAUACAUUUGGAAGCUUUUAUUGCAUGUGCACAUUGGGAUACAGAUCAACGGGAAGCAAACGGUUUCAGCCAAACGAUGGAACUCACUGUACUGAUAUUGAUGAAUGUAAAGAAGAUCGGAACUGUGGGAACUUCUCCCAAUGUCACAAUACAAACGGCUCCGUCUACUGCACAUGCCAACGAGAUUAUGUAACGACGUCAGGAAAAAUCCGAUUUUAUCCAGCCAGUGGUACAGAAUGUACAGAGGACCCAAAAAAGGACUGUCAUCAGGAUGAUGAAUGUAUUUCCAAGACUGUCAAUGACACUGUUAAAAAUAUCAUUAACCUGCCAGAUCCACAGCGGCAAAUGGAGGAGAUAAAAAAGCAAACAUCAGGUGACCUUGCUCCAGUUGCGAUAAUCUCUUACAUCGAAGCUAUGGCAGUCUCCAUGUCACACUUUGCAAAUGAGUCCCAAAAAGAGAGUGCAAUAAAUGCAACAAUUAAGAAUUUGGCUCAAAGUGUAAAUAAUCUGGUGGAGAGAGACGAAAUGGUGGCAUGGAACAAAAUGAAGGAUGAUGUGAAGGAUUACUGCAUCACUAAGCUACUACACACGGCAGAGCAGGGGGCGAUGGCGCUAUCUAAAGCUUACAAACAUGCUGCAAAGGUGGAAAUCAAAAAAGACAAUGUGGAAAUGAAACUCUACAAAUUUGACCAACAGAGCAAACAGAAGUCAAGCUUCACAGCUUCAAUAGGUGGAGAUUUUAUUUCGCUUAGUCCCAGUUAUAAUAAGAAGGACAAUAAAAAUGGGACCGUCUCUAUGGUAAUCCUGCGCUAUGACAGUGUUGGACCUCUGUUGAAGCCCAGUUCUGAUCCAGGAGUGACAGACUACAGUCGGUAUGCUGAAGGUGGAGAGAUCACAGUAAAUUCUCCUGUAAUUGCUGCUGCCGUAACUCCAGCUACUGUUUUCUCCUUGGACCAUGUGACCUUUACUUUGAGACACAAUGAGCCAAUAGACCCUGAAAUCGAUGAGACAAAAUGUGCAUUCUGGGACUAUUCUGUAACUGAUAUGAGGGGUCACUGGUCCAUAGAAGGCUGUGAGCACAUUCAUGUCAACAAGACCCACACCACCUGCUCCUGCAAUCAUCUGACUCACUUUGCCAUACUCAUGUCCUCUGGCCGUGCCAACCUUGCUGCCCACCACAAUGUACUGAGUCGCAUCACCCAGUUAGGCAUGGUGAUCUCCAUCAUCUGCUUAUUUAUGUGCAUUUUCACCUUCUGGUUCUUCACCGAGAUCCAAAGCACAAGAACAACCAUCCACAAGAACCUGUGCUGCAGCCUUUUCAUGGCUGAGUUCAUUUUUCUGAUUGGGAUCAACAUGUAUGCUCACAAGCUGUUCUGCUCAGUUGUUGCUGGGUUGCUGCAUUACUUCUUCUUGGCUGCGUUUGCAUGGAUGUGUAUCGAAGGCAUUCACCUGUACAUGAUUGUUGUUGGUGUCAUCUACAACAAAGGCUUCCUCCAUCGUAAUUUUUACGUAUUUGGAUAUGGCUGUCCGGCAGUGGUCGUCAUAAUCUCUGUAACGCUGGGCUACAAAUAUUAUGGAACUAAUGAUGCGUGUUGGCUAAGCACUGAGAGAAGUUUCAUUUGGAGUUUCAUUGGACCUGCAUGUUUAAUUAUUUUGGUUAAUUUGUUGGCAUUUGCUGUGAUCAUCUACAAAGUCUAUCGUCAUACGGCUUUGAAGAAACCUGAGAUCAGUCACUAUGAAAAUAUCAGGUCUUGUGCUAGAGGAGCUCUGGCACUGUUGUUCGUUCUUGGAGCUACAUGGACGUUUGGUAUGGUGCACAUCCUCAACGAGACGACCCUUACUGCCUAUCUCUUCACUUUUGCUAAUGCCUUUCAAGGAAUGUUCAUAUUCAUCUUCCUUUGUGUUCUGUCCAGAAAGGUUCAAGAAGAGUACUACCGAUUGUUCAAGAAUGUGCCAUGCUGUUUCGAAUGUCUGAGCUGAGGAAAUCCGACCCUUGGAUGAUUACUGACACAGAGAAAUAUACUAAAAUAUUUUUGUAAAUCAUGCAGAAAGAAAAAGCAAUGUAGCAAACAGGUCUAUAACUAUUUAUAUUUAUACAAAACCAUGAGGUAUUUUACAGUACUGCACUGACAGUUCCAUGUUACAGUUACUCCUAAAAUAUUACAGUUUAUAUUCAUAUUUGCUGACAUUCUAUUGUGUUUUUAUUUACUAAUAAAUAAGUAAACAGAACACACUACAUAAGUUCUACAAAUGUAAAAAUUUAAUUCAUUUAAUAAUAAAAUUUAAUAAGAAUGUAUUCAAAAGUAACAACUUUAAAUUGUAGAAAAAGA